UCUUGAGGCACUGAGACUCGGAGGGUAACGCAGACCGCCAGCAGGAUGGACUCAGAGCACGAGUGCGGGGUUUGUUACCGGACCUACAACGCGGGUCUCCGGUGUCCCAGGGAGCUGCACUGCGGACACAGCUUCUGCGAGAGCUGCCUGCUGGUCCUCUCUCGACCCCGGGGAGCCGACAUGCUCAUCGUCUGCCCGCUGUGCCGACACCCGACGUCCAUCUCCGGGGAGGGGAGGCGGGUCCGCGCCGAGCUGAGGGUGGACGAGUGCAUCCUGGAGCGGCUCAUAGCCUCGGGAGUCCUCGACCGACAGGAGGAGGAAGAGGAGGUGAAAGAAGAGGAGGAGGACAGUCUCGUUCGAGACGGCAGUGAUGACAACGAGGAGCCGGCGCCUCCGCGGGCUCCAGCCGAGGAGAGCGACUUCUCCCGGGACUCCAGAGGCGGGAGGCUCCGGCGGUGCAGUCGGAAAGUGUGGCGGUUGAUUCGUGGGAAGGACUCCGGGCAGAGGGGCGGAGGAAUCUGUAUGAACAACGAUGACUUGAGGAACUUCGCCAUGAUGGCCUGCUUCAUGCUCUAAAGAGUCCACAACUUCAGAUACCCCGACUAAUGUGAUACUGUAUUUAUUUCCAAUGGUUCUCCUUUCCAACAUUGACCUGUGAUAAUUAUGAUAAAACCAUGCUGACACAUUCCACUUCUCCACUUCCUGAUUGCUUGUUUAAAUGAUGACUACCAGAAACAAAUGGAAAACUUGUGAAUUGCCAAUGGACUAAUGUAUAUAUUUAUUCUUAUGAAUGUAUUUAAGUUGUAAAUAUUUGUACAUAUUUAAGGACAAAUAAAAUUUGAAAAACUCAA